AUGCGCAAACUCCGGUUCCUCCAUCUCGCCGGUAACCCAGGCCUCCGCGGUCCCCUCCUCAAUCUUCCCGCCGACAAAGAGGUAUCCUCCUCGGGGAAUCUCCUCCCCAUGCGUCGGAUACUUGCGGAGAACUCUACCGGCGACGACAGUAGAGAUCCCGCUUCCGUUGCGGACCCUUCGGCGUCACCACCGGCGACCGAGAAGUCGCGGCGACGGCGUCCGCUGGUGAUUUGGAUAGUAGGCUUCGUGGUUGGAGGUUUGGCGGGGGUCAUAUCCGGCGUGGUCUUCUCCGCGCUCUUCCGGCUGCUGGUCAACUGCCUGCGCGGCCGCUACCACCACCGGGGCGGUCCCUCCAUCUUUAGCCCUCUCAUCAAGCCCGAAGACCUCGACGUUCUCAGCAAGGGCGACGCGCUAGAGGGCAUGGAGCUCAUCGGGCGCGGCGGCUGCGGCGAGGUCUACCGCACGACGUUCACCGACGGGAAGAUCGUCGCCGUGAAGAAGAUCGCCAAGAUGCGACUCGACGAUGGCACCGCCGCCCCCGAGCUCAGUGAAGAGGACAGCAAGAUACUGGACCGGCGGAUGCGGCAGAUCAAGUCGGAGAUCAACACCGUGGGGUACGUCCGCCACCGCAACCUGCUCCCCCUCCUCGCCCACGUACCCCGCUCGGAAUGCCAUCUUCUGGUCUACGAGUUCAUGAAGAACGGCACCCUCGACGACGCGCUCAAGGGCUUCGCCGCCGGCCACCGGGAGUUCGACUGGCCGGCGCGCCGCCGCGUCGCCGCCGGCAUAGCCGCCGGCCUGGAGUACCUCCACAUGCAGCACAGCCCACGCAUCAUCCACCGCGACCUGAAGCCGGCAAACAUCCUGCUCGACGACGAAAUGGAGGCCCGCAUAGCCGACUUCGGGCUGGCCAAGUCGGUGGCGGACGCCCACACGCACGUUACGGCCUCCAACGUCGCUGGCACGGUGGGGUUCAUCGCGCCGGAGUACCAUCAGACGCUCAAGUUCACGGACAAGUGCGAUAUCUACAGCUUCGGGGUGAUCCUGGGGGUGAUGGUCAUGGGGCGGAUGCCCUCCGACGAGUUCUUCCAGAGCACCGAUGAACUAUGCCUGGUGAACUGGCUGAGGAACGCCGUGAGGGACGGCCGGGGGGCGGAGGCCAUCGACGAGCGCCUGAAAGGGGAAGGCUACGAAGAGGAGAUGGCGUUGGUGCUGAAGGUGGCCUGCCUCUGCACCGUCAACGACCCCAGGGAACGCCCGAACAGCAAGGACGUGCGCUGUAUGCUAGCUCAGAUCGCUUUGCUGACGUUGCCCUCGCCGUCGCCGUCGCCGUCGCCGUCGCCGCCGCCGCCGCUGCCCUCCGCUUAA